AUUUAAUGUCUGAAGUAGAAGAAAUUAAUUUGGAAUAAAAUAUCAAAAAGCCAAGACAUUAAAGACAACAAAAUUAAUCUAGGCGCAUUAGAAAGACAAAGAAUAACUUUAAUAGACCAAGAAAUAAUUCAUAAAAUAGAAAUAGAGAUAGAUAAAGAAGGAAUGAUUGGAGAUAAUAAAAUGGAGCCAAUUCUAGAGAUUUAUAUGAAAUUGAUAUUUACAAUUUUCUAGCUAAGAAUUAAAUAUCUGACCUUAUGGUAUUUAGAUUGCAUAAAGUUAGAGCGAUAUAAGAUCUAGAUGUGGGAAUUUGGUUAAACUUCAUAUUAUUGCCAAUAAUAUAUAAGAAAAUGAGGCUGAAACAAAAGUAUAUAUUUAAUUCAUUAAAGGUAGUUUUGAAAGCUUUUUUCAAAGAUUAAAAGUCAGCUGAGGAAUGUGAAUUUCAAUACAACGAUGCCAAACUUGAUGAUUUAUCAUUAAGAACAGAACGAAAAUAUUGAUAUAAAAAUUAUAUAUUAAAUGAGAU